UUGUUUGUGUGGUGUUGUGUUUCGAUUACCAAUUUUGUAAUUAAUUUUUUUUUAAAAAGAAAUGUAAAUGUUUUGAUUUAUUAUUAAUGUAAGUUUCAACUUAGUGUAUUACUGAUGAUGUCGAAUAGUUCCGAGUCGUCAGUGACCUAUCUUAAUCUGAAAACAAUGUGCAGAAUAUGCUUACAAACAAGCAAACAAAUUUUCGAUAUUUUUACCUGUUACUAUGUGAAAAGAAAAACGUUAUACAGUGAAAUGUUGGCUAGUUGUACGAAAUUAAAGCCAAUAGUUGAUGAUGGACUACCUCGAGGCAUCUGCAAAGACUGCAGUCGACAGUUGAAAAAAGUGUACGCCUUCAACUUACAAUGCGAGAAAAGUGAUGUUGAAUUACGGAAUGUCAUAUCGCAAAACGGCAUAGAAUUAAAUAGUAUCCCCAAUCAAGAUAUAAAACAGGAAUACAAUGAGCUUAAAAGGGAAAGUGAUAGUCUAGAUGAUACUAAACCAUCUUGUGUAUCAGAUGAAGAUGGUAUUAAAAACGAUAUCAAAACUGAAAACGACGAAGACAAUGAGAGCAAUUGGGAUGCAGAAGACGAUAACCUCUUAUUAGAAGAGAUAAAGUCUAAAAAAGAUGACGGUACGAAUCUUGAUCAUGGAGACACACCGGACAUUUGGUUGGAAAAAGAUAUAAAUAAAAUACCCAAAGCUAAAAGGGGAAGGAAGAAGAAAGAAAAGAAUGGGCUAUCAGCGACUCCAAUAAGCAAGAUGCCGCACCAGUGCGACGUCUGCGGCAAGAUCCUAAGCACGAAGAGUAAUCUGAAAGCUCAUAAGAUAUGUCACACCGACGUGCGACCUUACAAGUGUACAGAGUGCCCGGCCACAUUCAGGGGUCACAGCGCCCUGUUCCAACACAAGAAAGUGCACACGAAGGAGACCCCUUACCAUUGCGAGUAUUGUCCGAAACAAUUCAGUCGGCGGACCGGCCUAGUCAAUCACAUACGGGUACAUACAGGAGAAAAACUAUACAGCUGUGGUAUUUGCUUCAAGAAUUUCGUUCAAAGCGCUCAGCUCUCUAUACAUGUAAAAAGGCAUAUGGGUGACAAACCGUUUUUGUGCCAGGACUGUGGAAAAGAUGAGUUGAAACGUGAGCGUGACUUCUAUCGUGCCCGUGGACUGCCUUGUCCUAAGGACACUGCCCUCGCUGCAGACAAGCCUACAGGAGAUGAGCCUGAGCAACCUGAUAACACUGACUGCCAUAGAAAAGAUGAACAGGUCAACGUCUGCUUAGAAUGUAUAUCAACAUCAUUACGAACACUCAAAAGAAGUUUCAUUAGAUGCUCAGCUCAGGCGACAAUAACACACCUCAAGAAAUUUGUAGCUAAGAAAGUAUUGAAUGGAAUCGACCAGUACAGAGAGAUUGACAUAUUGUGCAAUGACGAAUUACUAGGCAAGGACCAUACUCUGAAGUUUGUAUAUGUGACUCGUUGGAGGUUUCGGGAUCCACCUCUUCGUCUCCAAUAUAGACCUAAGAUUGAUUUAUAAAUUAUCCUCUGUUACACCUCAUUCAUGGAAACUGUUUAAAUUUUUGUAAUUAGAUAGGUGUGCAAUUAAUCUGACUGGCAUUCACAUUCCAAGCUAUGUUUUCUUAGGAUUAUAGUUUAAAGGAGUUCACCAUUUUGAUAUAAUCGCUAAAAUUGUCACAUUCUGAUUUAAAGGCAAGGAUAACUUCAAUGUGGAAAGUUUGACCAUGUCCUGGAUUUUCAGUGUUUAUUAUUAUAGUGUCGAGAAAACAACAAGAUUUACAGGAGUUGCUAGUACCAAUCAUGAACUUGCUCGGCUCGGGUUUGCUUAAAAUAUUUUUCAGAAUAUAAGCAAGGAUUUUCUCAUUAGCCCAUAGCAUUAUUUUAGCCCUUAAUUCUUAUUUAUGUAGAAUCUCUAAAGUAAGGUUCAUAGUGGCUCAAGCUAAGCUACGUUCCACUAUACACCAACUUUGGAUUCUAAUUCAUGGUGGUUUUAUAUAUAACCGGUGAAUAAUGUUAUUUUCAUCGAAUGUGAAUGCCAAUUUGUAUAUAAAGAACUAGGGAGGGUUUGACACUUUCAUUCACUCUACUACCAAAAUGUGAUUAGAGAGGGAGGGUCAGCACUUAAGACAAUUUUCAACCACUCACCAUCAGGUGGGCCGUAUGCUCGUUCGCCUACAAGGGCAAUAAAAAAAAAAUUGUGACAGUUGACAUACACCUGGUGGGUGUCAUGACCGUGAAAGAGAUUGUCAAACGAAAAAAAAACUAACGAACAAAUAUUGUUAAACAUAGGUGUUUGUAAUUUUCUAGAUAUUUUAUACGACAUAGUUAUAUUAUUUUAUAUUAAGGUGUAGUAUGAUUAAUUAUAAAAAAAACAUUUAGUUCAAUUUAAAAAUAAACAAUUUUUUUGUGUAUAGAAAAUAAUAGAAAAAUAUUUUUAAUCUCAUUUUAGUUCAAAUAUUUUAUUAUGUUGUUUUAGUUUUUUUUUUUUUUUGUUAGCCAAGGACCCUUUAGCUUAUAAAGAAUUGUUGCGUUGUAACGUAGAAUGUGGAUGUAUAAUUAUUGGUUCUCGAUUAUUUACUGAAAAUAAAGACAUUUUAUCGAUGUGAAAAUAAAUGUGAA